GACAGCACAUGCAGCUAAGGGUGAGGAUGUGAGGGGGGAGACUAGCUGUACAGAACUGAGGAGACAGUACCACUGUGCUGCCUAUAAUCUGCUGAUAGCCAUACUCUCCAGUACACAGAAUGAAGCCAAGUUCUACACCGCAUUCCUCUUCAAGGAGGACGAGGCCAAGGGACAGUUUGUUUAUGACAACUUGGUUGACAAGGAAAAAUCCUAUGAAUUUACAUCAGAACUGAAGGCACCUUUGUCUAGAAAGAAGCAGUAUGUAUCCAUAAGGAAUGAAGUGAAGGAUAGUGAACUACAGAAUGGGGAGGCAGAGGGAGGGACCAGCUCCUCCCUUCAUUUGGCCUCUCAGUACCUGGCAGACAGCAGUCUGAGUGAAGACCUCAACCAGUAUGACUUCACAGCUACACCCCAGAUGUCAGAAGGAUCACAGAAGGAAAAAGUGCUGACUGUUCGUAAAUCUAGCUACACUGAUGAAGAGGAUGAUUCUGACACUAAGGUGAUGGUAGAAGAGGACUAUGUGGAGCUGGAGAUGGAUGACCUCAAUCAACACGAGUGUAUGGCCACCAUGAUAGCUCUCCUCAAACAUAUGCAGAGGGCCAAGAUCAUCCCACUGGUGGAGUCGGGUGUGGUACCAGAACUACCAGCCUGGAUGAAAUGUCUUAAUGAUAAAUUGAAGAAUCCAAGGACCCACAUUAACAUCAAAUAUUUCAUUGCCAAACUCAUCAUUAAUACUGCUGAGAUAUUCCGCCCCUAUGCCAGAGACUGGAUCCGCCCGCUGACACAACUAAUCAUCAGUGGCCCCUUCACCAGCCUUAACUACUUUGUUAUAGAUAUAAUAGUCACCAUAAUGUCCUGGCAUCAAGUAGCCAUUCCACAGGACACAGUUGAGGACCGUGCCAUGUCCAGUCGUCUGGUAGAGUUUGUGAUGGGCUACGUGUAUAACGAUACCAGACCUGUGUACCGUAAUAACCUAGAGCUGCUGAAGACCCUACUACAGGUGUGGAAGGACCGUGUGGAGGUACCUUACAGCAUUGUGUACAAACAUCUGAAGCAGCCAGAUGAGACAAAGAAGGAGAGCUGUGUGGGGAUACAGCUGAUGGGGGUCAUCUUGUCUUGUAAGUUUCCUCCCUACGCCCCCACAGCACCUGUUGACCAGGAAAAAUUCUUUAUCACUGUGGCUCAGUACAUGAGGAAUCGUUACAAAGCGGUGUAUGCAGCCACUGCGGAAGUGGUGGGAAUGAUCUUUAAGUUCCUGGCAGACAAGGAGAGGCAGACAGAAGGAACCUUCCAUGAUUAUGUUGUCAAUCUAAUGAAUUCCCUACAACAGAGCAACCCGUCCAACUUCCUCCUCUGUAUUCACAGAAUGCAUCUACACUACCCUCCCAUAGCUGACAGAUUUAUGAAUCGAUUAUUGUUUGUUCUUCCCAAUCUUCAUGCUGAGUUCCGGAACCGCUGCCUGGAAGUUAUUCUUACAAGGAUUGACACUUUAGAAAAUGUCUAUGUGGAGCUUAAAAGUAAAGGACUGUUAUCUUUCCUAACACACAGGGAUGAAGAGACACAAUUGAUUGCUCUGAAAAUUGUCAAGAGCAUUCAAACCAAACUACAGCCUGGUGAAGUGUCGGAGUUACUGCCCCUGAUCUGUGGGUUCAGUAUCAGCCCCAGUAUAUCCUGCCGUAACGUCAUGUAUGACAUUCUGAUGUGGGUCUACGAUAACUACAGAGAAGAUGAGAGUGAGACUGCUAAUGACAUCAUGCAGCAGACAAAAGAGACCCUGCUUAAAGGACUGGGGGAUGAGGAUCUACAGUGCAG